AAGACAAUAAAAAUGCAAUUUACAUGAUCAAAGAAUGCUCCUGACCGAGCAGUAACAGCACCGCGUGAGAAGAACUGAGCUGACGAAGUGAUGGCAAUUGUCGGGCACCGCCGCCACAUAGCCGCUCUUACUCACUGCUUACAUCACUCCUACACCGCCUCAUCCAUCCCUAAAAUCCCCUUCCUCUUCACCGUAGACGAGGCAACCGACACCAAGACGCUUCAGCUUCUCUCUUGGGGAAGAGGCGCCUCCGGCCAACUCGGCGGCGGCAUCGAAGAAAUCCGGCUCUACCCUUCUCCGGUGGCGAACCUCACUCUCCCCAAAUCCUCCUUCGCCCUCUCCCAAACUCCUGGCCAACUCUCCACUAACGAAGCAAAGAAGAAAGAGGUCGUUGAAGUGGGCCUCUCUUGUGGGCUUUUCCACUCUUCCUUGGUCGUCGAUGGGGCCCUUUGGAUUUGGGGCAAAGGCGAUGGUGGAAGAUUGGGCUUUGGCCACGAGAAUGCCUUGUUCGUUCCUACAUUGAACCCUCACCUUCUUAACGUUCGCUCUGUUGCACUUGGUGGCUUGCAUUCCGUUGCGCUCACUUCUGACGGCCAAGUCUUUACGUGGGGUUAUGGUGGGUUUGGUGCACUUGGACACUCGGUAUAUCAUAGAGAGCUAUUUCCUAGGUUAGUAAAAGGAUCAUGGGAGAGAGCUAUAAAACACAUUGCUACUAGUGGAACGCAUACUGCAGCAAUCACAGAAUCAGGGGAUCUUUAUAUCUGGGGUCGAGAUGAAGGGGAUGGCCGAUUGGGCCUUGGUCCUGGUCGGGGCCCAGAUCAUGCAGGUGGACUUAGUACCCCUUCUAAAGUAAAAGAAUUACCUUGCCCUAUUGCUGCUGUUUCUUGUGGGGGAUUUUUCACAAUGGUAUUGACAGAGGAUGGGAAAUUAUGGAACUGGGGAGCCAAUUCUAACUAUGAACUUGGGAGAGGUGAUAAGAUUGGUGGUUGGAAACCAAGACCAGUACCCAGCCUUGAGAAUGUUCGAAUAAUUCAAAUAGCAAGUGGUGGAUAUCACUCCCUUGCAUUAACUGAUGAUGGCAAAGUGCUCUCAUGGGGCCAUGGUGGACAAGGUCAGUUGGGCCAUGGAUGUGUCCAGAAUCAGAAGAUACCAGCAGUAGUUGAGGCUUUAGCUCAUGAGCAUAUUAUAUAUAUUUCUUGUGGUGGUUCUUCAUCAGCAGCUGUGACGGAUAAUGGAAAGUUGUACAUGUGGGGAAAUGCUAAUGAUUCUCAAUUGGGAGUUCCUGGGCUACCAGCGGUUCAACCAUUGCCGGUUGAAGUCAACUUUCUAAUGGAAGAUGAUGGAUUGGGACCCUACAAAGUCUUAUCAAUUGCAAUUGGCGCAUCACAUGCCAUGUGUUUAGCUUUAAGGGAAAAUAGUUAAUAAUGUCAGCUGACGUGGAAAUUAAAUGUUUGACAAUAAUGCCCUGCAGCAUGGAUAUAAUUGAUUUUGAUCCAGAUAAUUUUCACAAAUGAAUUGCUGAAGAGAGUUUUUCCUUUUUGUGGAAUAGGAUGUCAUAUAAUGAAAUAUAUGGCAAAUACAGAUGAUUGUUCCAGUGGAUUCAGAUUUCGUCAUCAGUUCUGGGGGCAAUGUUUCUUACUCCUCAUUUGGGUUGAUGUAGUCAUUAGCCUGAACAUUUUGAAGUACUGAAUGGGCCAAGGCUUAGAAUAGUUUAAUCCCUUUCUAAUCAUUAUGGUUAGUGGCCUGUGCCUGAGAGCAUGAUUGAAUCAAUGUUCUGAUUUUAACUGUAAUUUCAUUAGGAAAGCAUAUCUUCAGCAAUUCAAUUUUGACAGUUUUACGUUGUUAUAACUAACAGAACACGAAGACGAACUUGUAUUUGAAGAAUUUUUAGCUGACUGUUUGAGUCUUUCUCUUUUUGAGGAAAACGAUGCUGUUAAGAACAUAAGAGCAUUGAAUUGCCGUGUCCAUGGUUUAAUAAAAUAUACCUUGAUGGG